AUGUUCCAGAGAAGCAGAUCCAAACCGGGCGACAUUAAGAAGUGGAAGGCAACGAAAAGCGGGCAGACAAAUCGCGCAAAAACCGCCGCCGUCAGCUGUUUCUUCUUGCGCCACUGGCACCCGACGUCUUCUGACAACGACGACGGCAUGGCUGCGGCCGCGACGACUUCCAGGUCGACCAAGGCCCUCCGACCUCACCACAUUCUCUACGACGAGCGCCAUCUCGCCGUCCAGCAGACGCUGCGCAAAGUUCGCUUUUUUCUCUAUUGAUUUUUAAUUUAUUGGUUCUUUGUUCUCCCUCAGGAUGUGAUUUCAAAAUAUGUCUCACUAUUUUUUUUUUAAGUUUUGUUCUUCUUCUUCCUACGCAUUCGUACCGCUUGAGCGGCGUCGUCGCCCCAAGUAUUAGCCGAGGUUCUAUCUUGAUAUCAGGAAUCAGAGGUGAAGGAUUGGGAAGGCAGCGGUCAAGCCAAGCCAUUUAGCCAAACGAUAGAAAUGAGUCAUUCACUUACUAUUGAAAAAGUCAUUUCUGCUUUUGGGCGUUCAUGGCUUGGCAGGCAGUGCGGCCAGUGGGCAGCCAUCCUCCACCUCUGACAGGGAUGAUCAGUGGACGCUCCAGUGACAUAUCCGUCCUUGUGUGUGAGGGCUGGGAAUUUUUGAUGUCGUGGUUUCCGACUACCAACAUUUCUCAAACCCCUUGGAUGGGUUGAGGCGAGGAUCGAACUUGUGACCUGUUGACCGUAGACAGGCCCACAACUCUACAGGCUUAUAUGUUGAGUCUUACAAUUCUAUCCGAAUAGAUUUGAGAACUUUUGAAAAGUUCUACAGGCUUAAAGAUUUCCGCUAUUUUUUUCGUUAUCAGUAUUGUUAAAGAAUAUAUAUAUAAUAAUAUUCGUUUUCUCACGCACCUGAUCAGCAAGCUUUUCAAAGACACUCCUCAAGAAUUUGAUUGUUUUCUGAUCAGAGCGCGAUUUUAUCGCACUAAUUUCUCAUAUCUGUCAAUCUUUUUGCGCGUUCUUCCAGAAACCUUCUUCAGCGUGACGAUAUUUUUUGGGUGUGAACAAGUUUCAUUCGAGAACUCUUUCUCACAAAACCAACUUGAAAUUUGUUGUUUGUAUGUACGCCGAUCGGAGACCAACCUACACAAUAGCUGUUCGUUUCCGCAAGCAAAUAAACAAAAAUCUCGUCGUGUUUUGAUGGCGGAAACUGUUUCAGAUAAUCGAUGACAAGAUCAAUCCGCAAGUGCGUGACUGGGAGCGCGACGGCAUUUUUCCAGCUCACCAGGUCUUCAAGACGCUGGGUCGCGUUGGAAUUUUCGCCGCCAACAAGCCUCAGAGUGAUUUUUUCGCCUAAUUUUCUGGUUGAUAUGACGCCUUGACAUGGCUAUUUCAUGAGAAGAGAACUUUUUCCUAUGAAUUGAAAUUUGAAUAGAAGUUAGGAAAUACGUCGAAAUAAGGUUCGAAUGAUAAAAGUAGAAGACAGAAUUAAAAGUUUAAAAAAUAAAGAAAACUUUCAUUGAGUUUGAAGUGAAAUUCUUGAAUUUUGGUUUAUCACUAUUGCUGGAUUGAAAAAAAAAAUUAUGAAACCCUCAUGCAUAGUUCCUUCAUGGUUCAAAUAACUGGUCAAAUUAAGAAUAUGGAGGCCUGGGCAAAGACUUCUCUCUUUCGAUCGCCGUCGCAGAGGAGCUUGGUUCAAUCGCCUGCGGCUCGGUUCCGAUGUCGCUGUUGGUCCAGUCGGACAUGGCGACGCCGGCUCUGGCCGAGUACGGCAGCGACGAAUUGCGAGAGACCUUCCUCAGGCCCUCCAUCUCCGGAGACGUCGUCGCCUGCAUCGCCGUCAGCGAGCCUCACGCCGGCAGUGACGUCUCCGGUUCGUUUUGCGGAGCUCAUCGAGUGAGGAAAUCGAUUGCAGCCAUCCGAACGACGGCUCGAAGAAGCGGUGGGGACCUCAUUCUCAACGGCACGAAAAUGUGGAUCACCAACGGCGAACAGGUCAAACCACAUUAUUACAGCGACUGCCAUUGAAACCAAGGCAAUUUAAAAUGGAAGAAAAAGGCGAUUUUUAUGUCUUCAAAUUCCUAAAAUUGACGAAAUAGACCGGCUUGGGCAAAUUUCGCAUUGUCUCAAUACCUUACUGUUUAGGCCGCGCAAACUUCUCCCGGUUAAAUAAACUAAUAACUUGAUUACUCUCUACUCGCGCGUGAGGUUUAUUUUCACCGAAAAUAAAAGAGGCCAGUAUUUGAUCAAACGGUGUCAAUUCAGCAAUGUUUGCAAUUGGCAAAUGAAUACUUUCAGACCUUUUUUACACUUCUUCUUGAAAUUACUUUUCGAGAGGAAUGUGGAAAAUAAACAGAGUGAUGUCAAAACCGAAGAAGGUCAACGGAACAGUCGAAUAGGGAGGAGAGAGAAAAUAUACGUGGCUGGCAUCGGAAAAUUGACAAAAAAAAGAAGAAGAUGCCAAUGUCAAUCAAAGGAACAGUUUUACAGGCCGAUUGGGCUUGCGUUCUCGCCAAUUCAGUAGACAAUUCGGACAUUCACCACAAUAAGAGCCUCAUUUGCGUUCCUCUUCAUUCCGAAGGUCUCGAAACGAGAUCGUGGAGUUUUCCAAGAGUUUUUCAGGAGUACAUCGCUCAAGAAGACUGGAAAAGCUAGGAAUGCGAUGUUCCGACACGGUUCAGCUGUUUUUUGACGACGUUCGAGUAAGUGGGACGUUACAGUAAGGGAGAAGACGUUGACAUACAAAGGUUCCUGUCAAAAAUAUUAUCGGAAGAGAAGGAUACGGAUUCCUCCAACAGAUGAAACAGUUCAACGAUGAACGAUUGGUCACUGUAGCUGUUGGUGAGGCAGAAUGAAAAGAAAAAAACGCGGAAUAUUUUCCAGCUCUGGCUCCUCUUCAGAAGUGCAUAAGCGACACGCUGAACUACGCUCGUGACCGUCGAAUAUUCGGAUCAACAUUGCUGGAUCAGCAGGUUCGACGGUCCUUACUAGAAGUAUUCAGAAGUGUGUUCCAGUAUAUCCAAUAUGGUUUGGCCGAACUGCAAAUUGAACUUGAGGCGACCAGAAGCUUGCUUUAUAGGUUCCUCCACUGCCUUUAUUUUAAUUUUCUGUUUAGAACUGUUUUGGCGAGGCUAGAUGGAGAAGACGUCUCCCUUCUGACCGCAAUGGCAAAGCUCAAAGUCGGUCGAUUGGCUCGGAAAGUGACCGACAGGUGUCUACAGGUAGUCCUUGCUCAUGGCUUAUGAACUUUGGGUGUUGGACAGGUAUGGGGUGGUGCUGGCUACCUGGACGAGAGCCACAUCGCGCGCUGUUUCCGCGACCUGAGGGUCUUCUCCAUCGGCGCCGGCAGCGACGAGGUCAUGCUCUCCAUUGUCCACAAGCACAUGCGUCGUUGUUGA